AUGUCUUCAAUGUUCCUCCCUCAGUGUCUUCCAUCAAUUAGAAUCCAGGGGAACAGUAGAGGAGAGUUGAAUGGUAGUGGUACACCACUACAUUUAGGUGUAGGUGUAGAAAUCAAAGAAAAAGUAAAUGAAAAGGCGAACGAUGAGCAAAACAAAGUUAUUGUUCUUGAGAAGGAAGAGGAGAAGAAGAUAAAUUAUAGCAUGAAAGUUGAGAAUGUGUCAAGUAAAAAGACUAAUGUGAGUCCAGAGCCUGAGUCUCUUUGUUAUGAGGAUGGAGAGCUAGAGCUGGUAGAAGCAUCUGAUAAUCUUGAAGCACGGGAAAAUGAUAAGCCAAAAGAUGUGGUAGUUGUUGAUCAUUCACUGAAAGAUAUUGUAACUGACAGAGCCUCAAAGUCAUCUUCUCGCAAACUGAAGGAUGAUGUUCAAUACCAAAAUGAGAACAGUGUAUCUGAAGACAUUAUAGCUGUUGGAAGUGAAAUGCAUAAAUGUGUUGAUAAUGACUGA